CUCUUUCUCUCUUCUUUUCUUUCUACAAAAACAGAAACAAAAAUAAAAAGUAAAGCUUUCUCUAAAAAAUCUCUCCUUUAUCUUCUUCUAGCUCUUCUUUGUGCCUCUUUCACCAUGCUGAGUACAGAGAGAACUAAGUUCAGAUCCAUGGAACCUGCAACUUCUUCACCAUUGCCACGAGACACGUCGGAGCAGGAUCCCGCGCUGGCGCAGAGUGAAGAUCAGUCUCAAGGAAGGUUUAUGUUUUUCUCUUCUUCUUCUUACUCUGGAAGCUUCCGUUUGCUUGUUGGGUGUUUAUUUGUCUUCAAAUAGAUCAUUUAAUUUGUACUUUUCAUGACGGAUUUGUUCAUUUCUUUUUGUUUUUUGAAGACUUAGGGUUUCUGCUUAUGACCUUAUGGUAGUAGACAGUGAUUUAGAGGGAUUAGAUCAAAGAAAGGAAGAGAUGCGUAACAUUUUUGAUGAUAUUCAGGAUAAAGCUUCAUUAAUUCUUCAGUUCUCACUUAAGUGGGAAGAAAUCGACGACAGGUUUGGUUUUCUAAAGCAACGAGCCAUGGAGAAGGAGGUCUCUGUCCGGAAUCAGAUUCUGGAGCUGGAGAAGAAGGAAGAGCGACUGAGGCUUGUUGAAGAAAGAGAGAGGAAGAUUGAGGCAUCCUUCAGUACAUUGCAGGAGAAAGGAAAUGAAUCUGAUCUGAUACUGUUAAUGGAAGCGAAUGUGAUGAGAUUGGUUCUUCAAAUGCAGUUUGAACAAGUGGUGGUUGCUCAGCUCAACGCCCAAGAGAACUUUCUUGGUUCGCUCCAUGAUUCGAUGAUGAAGAAGCAUGAAGAGCUAAUGACAGAGCUUGAAGCAAGGAAAAAUGAGGUUGCUUUGAUUUCUAAGACGAUCGAUGCCAAGACUUGUGAUUUAGACAUGAAAGUCAAAGACUUUGAUCUUAAGCAAACAACAGAGUCUGAGAGAAUGAGAAAAGAGACUGAGCUGAUGGAAACAUCUCUUAAGCAACUUGAAGCCAGGGAGAAUGAGCUUAGGUUGCUUAAUGAGACCAUCCAAGGGAAAUCGAUGGAGCUGGAGAAGAAAGAAGUCAACUUUCAACUGAAACAUGAAGCAGCAGCCAGAGAGACUGAAGUGAAGAACAAGUUUCUUGAGUUAAAGGAAAAGAAACUUGAAGAAAGGGAGCAACAUUUGGAGUUGAAACAGAGAAAAAAAGAAAAACCAGCAAUAAGAGCAGAGACUCGUAAGAGAUCUAGGCUUGAAUAUGAGUCUCCAUUGUCGGCAGAGAAGGGUAGAUAUGCUGAGACUCUGAUUCGCCCUGGAAAAAAGCAAGUGCAGAAAAGAGAGGCUCAUGAAAUUAUCUACAUUGAUGAAGAUGAGCCAUUCAACUGUCCUGAUCCAGACUUUCACGAUUUUAACAACACAAUGAGCUCUUUCGCUGUAGGUCAAGUAUGGGCUCUAUAUGAUCCUGUAGAUGAUAUGCCUAGAUACUAUGCUGAGAUCAGGAAAGUAUUGCAACCUCAGCUGAGUUUACGGGUGACAUGGCUCGAAUCAUUACAGACCACAGAGGAACCAAUUCCUGCUUGUGGGAGAUUCGAACAUGGAAAAUCAGAGACCAGUAGCCACUUGAUGUUUUCUCAUGAGAUGUAUCACACCAUACGAGGCCAAUAUGUCACUAUAAACCCGAGAAAAGGCGAGACGUGGGCACUUUUCGGAGAUUGGACCAAGACUUGGAAGAGUCACAGUGAGCAACAAAAGACUCCUUACAGUUACGACUUUGUGGAAGUCGUGACUGAAUUUGACAGUGAUCGAGGCAUUGGAGUGGCUUAUCUAGGGAGAGUGGAAGGAUUCACAUCAGUGUAUGAACGUGCUGCGCAAAAUGGUCUUGUCGAAAUCAUGAUAUCAUGUGAUGAAAUGCUUAGGUUUUCUCAUAGAGUUCCAUCUUUCAAAAUGACUGGAGAUGAGAAAGAAGGAGUCCCAGCUGGCUCUUUUGAGCUAGACCCUGCUGCUGUUCCUCGAGUUUAUCUUAAAGAUGCUAAGGUCAAAGAAGAAAAGAUGGAGCCCAUAGUCUUGGUUUGAGUUAAGUGCAAGUCUGAUGUGUUCACUAUUCUUUAUCUAUAAAAUGUAUUUAGAAGAUGCAUGGAACCGAAUCUGUAUUCCUUGGAACCUGCAUGUGUCUCUUAAUAAAUUUCUUUAUCAGGUAGAAAUCCUCUUUAAUUCAUGACUGUGUUUACGAUUUCAUCAUGGUAGUUGUGGUAAUAUCAUAUUUUGAAGUAGCUUGAUCUAAACUGCAGUUACA